GUAUCAGAGCUAUGGCAAUAGAAAACACAACGAGCAACAAUGAAUUCGCGACGAUUUACACAAGAGACAGUCUGGCCAAUGACUCGUGUCAGGAAUACGACAGUCCUCAGGCGAGGGUGUUUAAGAUAAUCGUCAUUGGGGACUCAAAUGUUGGAAAGACGUGCCUAACUUACCGGUUUUGCGGGGGUAAAUUUCUCAAAAAUCCUGAGGCAACAAUCGGGGUAGAUUUUAGGGAGAGAACCCUGCAACUUGAUGGAGAAAACAUAAAGUUGCAGAUCUGGGAUACGGCGGGACAGGAACGCUUCAGGAAGAGUAUGGUGGAGCAUUACUACCGCAACGUCCAUGCCAUCAUCUUUGUGUAUGAUGUGACCAGUCUGGCUUCAUUUGAGAGUCUACCGGAGUGGAUUGAGGAGUGCAGCCAUCACUCAGUCCCUCCCAUGGUCCCCCGCAUCCUAGUUGGGAACAAAUGUGACUUGAGAGGAGAGAGAGAGGUGUCUACGUUUUUAGCUCAGCGACUGGCUGAUAGCUACAACUUCCCGCUUUUUGAGACGUCUGCAAGAGACCCUGCAGAAAAAGAGCACGUAGAUGCCAUUUUCCUCACGCUGGCCUACAGACUGAAGAAUCACAAGCCUCUGAGACUGAAACAGCCAAGUGAGAGCAGCUUCUUACAGCUCGCUGGUGAACAGGAGGAGAAAACACCCUGUUUAUGUUAAUACACAUUAGCCCAUAUAGUUUGAUGCAAUAAUUUAGGGUGACGUUUUGUAUGAAAUCAAAGGAGAAAGAGUGAUGGGAAGAUAUACAGUACAGUAUCUCUGUAGCAGUUUACACAUUUUUUGGAAGCAUAAACUAUGGAGCAAGUGAUGCCUAUGUCUUAUUAUUAUUUCAGAGUGUUAUUAACUCUCUAGAAACAUGUUCGAUGACAUGAAGACCUCAAGAGCCUGUUAUAACAUUUUCAGUCUGUAAUAACUUUGCAUGUCGUUUCUAUGUAAUAUUUAAUGGUUAUGGCUAUAUCAUGACAAUUCCAAGUAGGUUGCUGCGGUGAAACCUCUGAAGGCAAUCUCGGGCAUAUCAGAAGCAAAACAUUUGUCCUCAUUAUUGUGCACCGUGAGCUUUCUGUUAUGUUUGUGGAUUAUGUUUACUUUGCACUAAAUUCAAAGUUGUACUUUUUUUCCAAAGCAUAAGUUGUAUGCAAGCUCAAUCUAAACUGAACCAGUGGUGUAACGCAUAAUUGAAGCUAUACCUGAGUCUAGCAUGAACACUAGUGGGCGCCACUGUCAAGGCAUUCAGAGCAUUAUGAGCAUUACUAUAAAAAAUUAAAUGGAAAAACAAGGGAAAACACACUCUUUAUUAUAAAUGAGACCCUUUAUGUCCCACCCUCAAUGUGAUACACAGUGAAAUACAACAUAUUAGUGAUGUUUGAUGUCUUUUAUGAGCAAAUCCAUGCGUCAGUUAGACUUCAACAUAUCUGUCUCCAAUAUUUCAAUCAUUUAUUUUUUGAUUGACAACCCUUUUUGUAAGCAAUAGUGUUUGGAAAACAGGGACUGUAUUGCACUUUUAAUUGAGAUUGUAUUAUGUCUGAAGUUUCUCUCAAUUAUUCAGCAUCAUGUAUAAUUUGUUGUAUUUGAGAGAUAAAUGUCAUUGUGUUAAAUAGUUUGCAGUGACUCAGAUGUGUUUGGAAGUGGAAAAUAAAAUGUGCAAUAAA